AUGGGGAACAGGACAGAGGUGACAGAGUUCCUGCUGCUGGGACUGACCUCUGACCCCCACCUGCAGCUUCCCCUCUUCAUCACCUUCCUCCUCAUCUACACCAUCACUGUGGCUGGGAACCUGGGGAUGAUCCUGCUCAUCCUCCUGGACUCCCGUCUGCACAGCCCCAUGUACUUUUUCCUGGGAAAUCUGUCCCUGGUGGAUUUCUGUUCCUCUUCCACUGUCACUCCCACAGUCAUGGCUGGGCUCCUUCUAGGAGAGAAGAUCAUUUCCUACAAUGCCUGUGCUGCUCAGAUGUUCCUGCUUGCAGCCCUUGUUACUGUGGAAAAUUACCUCCUGGCUGUCAUGGCCUAUGACCGCUAUGCCGCAGUGUGCAAACCGUUGCAUUACACCACCACCAUGACCACAAAUGUGUGCACAGGUCUGGUCCUAGGUUCCUAUGCCUGUGGCUUUCUCAAUGCCACCCUCCACAUUGGAGACACAUUCAGUCUCUCCUUCUGCAAUUCCAACGUGGUCCACCACUUUUUCUGUGAUAUUCCAGCAGUCAUGGUUCUUUCUUGCUCAGAGAAACAGGUCAGUGAGCUGGUUCUUAUUUAUGUUGUGAGCUUCCACAUCUUUUUUGCCUUCUUUAUUAUCUGGAUAUCUUACGUCUUCAUUUUUGUCACCAUCCUAAGUAAGCACUCAGGCACAGGAGCUCAGAAGGCUCUGUCAACCUGCGCUUCUCAUUUUACGGCAGUCUCCAUUUUCUAUGGGACGAGUAUCUUCAUGUACCUGCAGCCGAGCUCCAGUCACUCCAUGGACACGGACAAAAUUGCAUCCGUGUUCUACACAAUGAUCAUCCCCAUGCUGAACCCCAUGGUCUACAGCCUGAGGAACAAGGAGGUCAAGAGUGCAUUCUUAAAGAUCAAUCGUGCAUUCAUUUUUUGGAGCCAGAAACAUCUUUAA